AUGGACCUCCCACGCCAGAACCGGCACGAGCGAGACCGAGAUGCUUCGUCUCCCUCAGGCUCCCGCGAGACGGACCUUAGCAGUACCCGGUUCUGUUCAAAGGAGUUGAAGGAGGCUGUGUUCAUCAUCAAACUGCAGCAGAAAGAGUCCCGGAAGACCAGCGCAACUGAUGAUGUCAAUGUGGACAUGAAGCAGACGCCAAAACAGGCGGAAAGAGAGAAGAGGAUGAACUCAGCCUGUAUGAGCAGAGAGUUGCUGCGAUUCGUUCUUCUGUCUGAACCUCUGAUCCUGACCCUGUUCGUCCUGACCCGUCUGCCUGGAUUCCCUGCCUACCUGCCCGUCCGACCAAGUCUUCUGCCCCGGUCUGGAAAAGACGUCAUCACUGUCAGGGCUGAUGUUCAGGAUGUACAGUACAUCUCAUGUCCCAUCAGCCCACAGCAGCUACACUUCAUCACACCCCAAUCCCCCCUCCCUUCCCUCCCUGGUCCCAUGUUCCCGACAUGGGAGUCAUUUGUCUUCUCUGUGUCCACUGCGAUGAUGCCGGAUAAUGUCGGGGCCAGUGGAGCAGACAGGAGAGACCACUAUUUCAUUCAGUUCAGUGUGUCUCUCCCUGAAAAACACUCUGCUCCCUCCCCCAUGGUCUCUUUCCGCCGCAACCUCCGCAAUUUGUCCCCCACCCACUUCUCCACUGUCGUAGCCUCCGCUCUCCCUCCCCCCAGCACUUUUUCCUCCUUAGAGGUUAAUGAUGCCACUGAGUCUCUGUACUCUACACUUAGCUCCUGUCUGGAUAAUCUGUGCCCUCUAUCUACUAGACCCGCUCGAUCCUCCCAGUCCCACCCAUGGCUCAAUGAUAACCUCCGGUCGCUGCGUACCAACCUCAGAGCCACAGAUAGAAAAUGGCACAAAACAAAAAGCUCUUCUGACCUGAUCACAUUCCAGUCACUAUUGGUAUCCUUCUCAUCCAGUGUCACUGCUGCGAAGAAGGCUUACUAUAAUAACAAAAUUCAUUCUGCCACCGACACCAAGAAACUAUUCUCAACCUUUAAAACACUACUCAACCCUCCACCUCCACCGCCCACUACUAAUCUGACAGCAGACAAUUUUGCUUCAUUUUUCACAAAUAAAGUGUCUACUAUCAGCAGUCAGUUCACUGAUCCACCCAUAGACUGCACGCCUCCUUCUUCAACUGAUAAAAGCCCAACUGCGUCAUUCCCCUCAUUUACUCCCCUCACAGAGAACGAGGUGUCUAAACUCCUUUCCUCUAGCCGUCCUACAACAUGCCUGUUGGACCCUAUUCCAUCCAACCUCUUACAGUCUGUUGCCCCUACUAUCACAGCACCAAUCACACAUGUGAUUAAUGCUUCACUGACUUCAGGAACAUUUCCUACAGUAUUUAAACAAGCGCAGGUAACACCACUACUCAAAAAACCUUCCCUCACCCCCACUCAAGUGGAGAAUUAUCGACCAGUCUCACUCCUCCCAUACCUUUCUAAGAUCAUCGAAAGGGCUGUUUUCAAACAGGUCACAGAAUUUCUCUCCCAAAAUAACCUCCUUGACAUCAACCAAUCUGGCUUCAAAAUCGGCCACUCCACUGAAACGGCUCUGUUGUCUGUGACAGAAGCCUUGAAAGAGGCUAGAGCAGCAGCCAAGUCUUCAGUACUCAUUCUACUGGACUUAUCAGCAGCAUUUGACACUGUCAAUCAUGAUAUCCUGUUAUCCAUACUCUGGAACAUGGGCAUCACAGGCCACGCACACUCCUGGUUUCAAUCUUACCUUACUGGUCGGUCCUUCAGUGUGUCCUGGCUAGGGCACACAUCAGCAGUUCACCGCCUCACCACGGGGGUCCCCCCUGUGUUGGGCCCCCUCCUUUUUGCCAUAUACACCACCUCACUCGGUCAGAUCAUCCACUCACACGGCUUCUCAUAUCAUUGCUAUGCUGAUGAUACCCAGCUCUAUCUGUCAUUCCCACCUGAUGACUCCACAGUCUCAGUGCGGAUCUCAGAUUGUCUCUCUGACAUAUCUGCAUGGAUGAAAGCCCAUCACCUUCAGCUGAACCUGUCCAAAACUGAACUGCUGGUCUUCCCAGCUAAGCCAACCAUACAGCAGGACAUCUCCAUCACUAUUGACUCCAUACCUCUGGCUCCUACCAGUGUAGUACGUAACUUGGGAGUCAUGAUUGAUAAUCAGUUGACCUUCACGGAUCACGUUGCCUCUGUCACCCAAUCAUGCCGUUUCACUCUGUUCAACCUAAGAAAGAUCAGGCCAUACCUAACCAAACAGGCCACCCAGCUCCUGGUGCAGACUAUGGUUAUCUCCCGUCUUGACUACUGCAAUGCUCUUCUAACGGGCCUCCCAGCUUGUGUUGUCAAACCACUACAGAUGGUCCAGAAUGCAGCAGCGCGUCUGGUCUUCAAUCAGCCUAAAAGGGCACAUGUCACCCCCUUACUCAUUGAGUUACACUGGCUACCCAUAGCUGCCCGCAUCAAAUUCAAAUCUUUAAUCCUAGCCUACAAAAUUCUCCGUGGGUCUGCUCCUGUCUACUUAGGUGCACUAAUAAAAGCUUAUGUCGCCCCACGACCACUCCGCUCGUCUGGGGAACGUAGUCUGGUGGUCCCCAGACCUUGUACAAGACAAUCCAGGCUCUUUUCAUGGGUCGUUCCACGUUGGUGGAACGCUCUACCAAGUGCUACAAGAACAGAGUCAUCCCUGCCUAUCUUCAAGAAGCUCCUGAAGACCCAGCUCUUCCGAGAGCCUCUCAUCCUUCAAAACAGCCUCUACAUUCCUUCUACAUUCUUCACAAAUACUCCUGGCCAUUCUGACCACUCCUGGACCCCAAACACCAAGGCCCUGGUGAAGAAGGCUCAGCAGAGGCUUCAUUUCCUGCGCGUCCUCAGGAAAAACAACCUGGACCAGAACCUGCUGCUGGCCUUCUAUCACUCAUCAGUGGAAAGCGUACUUACGUACUGCUUGGGCGUGUGGUACGCAGGCUCCACAGCAGAAGACAAGAACACGGUGCAGAGGGUUAUUACAACUGCCCAAAAGAUCAUCGGCUGCCCUCUGCCCACCCUGGAACACCUGUCCACAUCCUGCUGUUUAAGGAAGAUUAAGGCCAUCACAGGAGACCCCACACACCCCGCAUACCCACUGUUUGACCUGUUGCCCUCUGGGAGACACUACAGGUCGAUCGAGUCCCGCACCAGCAGGCUGACAAACAGCCGCUUCCCAUGGACUACUCGCACCGCCAACACCAACAGACUCAUACACACACAGUCUGACACAACUAAAGCACCACACCUGCCAGCAAAGAAGGCUUUGCAGGCCCUGACGGCCAACCACUACUUAACCAUAGGUAACCAUUAG